CUAGCAACCGGCUACAACAAACUGCCAGCGUUGCAGCGACAUUAAUGCUAAAACCAAAAAGCUGGUCAGCUGUAAGGCAACGAAACGCUGAAAUAUUUUAUUUUUCUACGAAAAAUGGUAAAGCAGACGAUACAGAUAUACGGCCGAAUUAAACCAACGAAUGAAACAAUCGCGGUGUACUCUGUGGACAAUGAAGAGCAGACAGGUGCAUCUCUAGAGUUUAUUGUGCCCAAGGACUUGGCUGAUGGCUUUGUUAACAACAAGAGAGAAUUCUAUAAAUUCAGGUUCAAAAAAGUGUUCGAUCAAGCAGCCAAACAAGAACAGAUAUUUGAAAACAUUGCCAAACCAGUUGCAGACAGUGUAUUAGCAGGAUAUAAUGGCACCAUAUUUGCAUAUGGCCAGACGGGCAGUGGGAAGACCUUUACCAUCACAGGAGGGGCAGAGCGUUACAGCGACCGUGGGAUUAUUCCUCGCACCCUUUCCUACCUUUACGAAUGCUUCAGUCAGGACAACAGCAUGGUUUAUACCACACACAUCUCCUACCUGGAGAUAUACAAUGAGAUGGGAUAUGAUCUUCUGGAUUCCCGACAUGAAGCAUCUCGACUGGAGGACCUACCAAAAGUAAUGAUCAUGGAGGAUUCAGACCAGAACGUCCAUCUCAGAAACCUUUCUCUGCAACAAUCAGCAAAUGAGGAAGAGGCUCUAAAUCUCCUCUUCCUGGGUGACACAAAUCGUAUGAUUGCAGAAACUCCAAUGAACCAGGCAUCCACUCGUUCCCACUGUGUUUUCACUGUUCACCUGUGCAGGCGUGAGCCUGGCUCAGCUACGGUGCGGCGAUCCAAGCUCCACCUGGUGGACCUAGCCGGAUCAGACAGAGUUAGCAAGACUGGUCUAAAUGGACAGCUGCUCACUGAAGCCAAGUAUAUUAAUCUUUCCCUCCACUACUUGGAGCAGGUAAUCAUUGCACUGUCGGAGAGGAAUCGCUCCCAUAUUCCCUACAGAAACUCCAUGUUAACGUCUGUGCUGAGGGACAGCCUCGGGGGCAACUGCAUGACCACCAUGAUUGCAACUAUGGCAGUGGACAAAAGGAACCUUGAUGAAUCCAUCUCUACGUGCCGCUUCUCUCAACGUGUGGCUCUCAUCAAGAAUGAGGCAAUACUGAAUGAAGAACUGGAUCCUGCCCUGCUGAUAGCACGUUUGAAAAGGGAGGUUCUGUCACUAAAGGAAGAGCUGGCCAUGGUGACAGGACAGCUCAGAGAUGACCAGCUAACUGUGGAGGAGAGCCAGAAGUUGGAAGAGCUACUCAGGGCUUUUCUAGAUGACCCAGAUCCAGAUGUCACUCUGUCAUUGGGACCAGACAUGAGAAAAAUCCAGCAUUGCUUCUCCUUGUUGAAGAUACUGAUUCUGGACAGCCAAGGGGGAAAAAAUGGGUGCAGUGAUGGGCAAGAGUCAACAGCGAGGAAAGAAGAAAUUCACGAGAGCCACCACAGUGCAGUAGAAGUGACCAAAUUAAAGGAAAUGCUUAGGCAACGUGACAAUGAGAUCAGCAUCCUAGUUAAAAUGUUAAAGAAGGAGAAAAAAAGGGCCCAAGAUGUUGCUGCUCAGCUUGCCACCAUCACCAGCCAUCAGAGCCUGUCCUCCCAGAGUGCCUCCAGUUUGUCCACAGUGCCACCCUUGAGACAAGGAAGCAUGGAUGACAUCUCAGCAGACCAUGGAGGACGAGCUAUACAAUUCAUGAAAAGAGCUCCAAGGCUGUCAAUGGGAAAACAAGAGGCCUUUGAGACCUUUGUAAGGGACCAUGAGGACCACCUGACCAUCGAAGACAACAAGAGCAUACUCAAACAGAGAUCAGCAGAAGCCAGGAGACUUGGAGAGCAACUGAAUGAAGCCAGAAACAGAAUCACUGAGUUGAAGAAGCAGUUAGAGAUGCGGAGGAGACAGAGAGCUGCUCAUGGUGUCAUGGGGAAUGACACAGAUGUUGAAGAAGAGUUUGACCCAGUGGAAGAAAACUUGCUCAAAAACAUUGAGCAGGAAAAAAUGUUUUACAAGAGCACCAUUGGCCGACUAAAAGCACUGAGGACAGAGAUUGAACAUCUGCAGCUGUUGUUGGAAAAAGCAAAGGUCAAGCUCCAGAAGGACUUCCUUAAGUGGUGGAGCCAAGAGGCCUCCAGUUUGCAGGAGCCUGAGUCAGCGGCCACAGCCAGACAUCACACAGGGUCACCAAACGGAACCUUGAAGCCAUCUUCACCUGGCACUCCAGGAUAUCGUGCUCCAGAUCUGAGCAGUACAGUGAGAGACUCUCCAUCAGGCCCUCUCCCAAAUCCAGAGCCUCCCAUCUCUCCUGUUCAGGAUCUCAGAAGCACCGGCCACAAAAGCAUACCUCCAUUUCCAGCUGUGCCAGCCUGGUAUGACACGUCCCUGGAUGAGAAGGUGACUGGCUCCACUCCAUCCUCUGAGUGGAGGGCCCUGGCCCCCACCACAGUCUCCUCCUCGUCUAUUCCGCUGACUGGAGAUCAGCAGGCUGACGCUGACAUCCUGGCUUUUAUCAGGGCUAGGCAGAAUCUCCUCAGCCGGACAGGCCCACCUUAGCAGUGAUAUGAAGUUUGCUGUCAUUUGGCCACUUAUCAGACUCCACAUGUGCCAGGUGAAAGAAUGAUCCAGUACAUGUGCAAUAGAUGAGUUAUAUCGUUCUGUCCAAAGCACUCCACACAUCCUGUGUCAUUCUCUCAUGCAUACACACACUUAGUGACCUCCUGGAGAUGGGGCCUGUGAUAUAAACAGCAUCAGUGUAAAUCGCAGCAGUUCCCCCGGCCAUUUGAUCUGAACAAAUGUUGUCUCAAGAUAUCAGAGGAAGGAGUCGGAAAGCUGUCGGUUCCAGCACGUGGUUGAAUGUAAUGAAUUUGCACAUGAAGAGAAAAUGUUUUUUUAUAUUACUCUCUGUAAUAUAGCUUUUAAUACUCCCUUGUGUUGCUCUAAAAUGUAUAUAAUACUGUCUGUAAAGCUUAUUUUUUUUAUUUAAGUUGCAUAUACUAUUAAAUCAAGAGGAAAGAAGUUGUGAGAUGUUAUUAUACAGAUUACUGUUGUGUAGUUAUUGAAGAAAUUACAGACUGGUCUGCACAUUCUCUAUGCUGCAGUCAGCUGUUACAAUGUGACUUAAACUCUUUUUAAGUAAUGCAAUGUUAUUUACAUUUUUGUACAUAGUCACAUUUGGUUUGGUUACAAUAAUAAAUGUUAAAUCCUU